CCCGCGUCCAAUCUUUAUCAGGGCAUCGCCGCUAUGUUAAUGGUGUUCCCACAAGAAUGAAGAGAAAAAUGGAUCUGUAGCACGGUAUACAAUACAGAUGUUCUGUCAUAGAGUAAGAAUAAAUGUCAACUCUUAUUCAAUGCGAGAAUAAGCCAAAUAGUCGUUUCCCUAGCAAAAUUGUGUGGAGCUCCCGAGAAACUCCUAAGGGAAAAAAGUCAAUUACGCCCGCUUGACUUGUGUCUUCUACGUUGGCGAAGAGAGGAAACCAUAUCCACCCGAUCCUGCAGAAGAGAAAAAAGAUCAUCUUGAAGCUUUCAAAGCCUUUGCAAGUGCCCCAUUAUUUGUUUUCCUGAAGUACGUCUAGUUUGUAAACGUUGGGCAAUGGAGAUUGCUGGGGAAGGAAUUGGGGGAUUGAGGCCUCCGGUCCUUACCCCACCGCCAGUUAAGUUGCGGCCUGUUGUUGUGGACAACGUCAGUUCCACUUGGGAUCUGUUGAAGUCAUUUGGUCCUCAAGAAGGUCCUGGAGGAGACGAGGAUUCUCCUGUUCGCCCUUUGAAUAAAGAGGUUUGGUCGGAUGGAGAUGACGAGAAGGUUAGUGAAAGAAGCACCUCGCAAAGUAGAGAGGAUUGGCACUCUUGUUUGUCAACUUCCGUUAAAGAUGAGUAUGAUGAUGAGGAUGAUGUAAGGUGGAUCACCCAGUGGGAAAAGGGCCAGUUUUUGGGAAGUGGGUCGUUUGGAAGUGUCUAUGAAGCCAUCAGCGACGAAGGAUUCUUUUUUGCUGUAAAGGAGGUUUCCUUGUUAGAUCAAGGAAGCCAAGGCAAGCAGAGCUUAUUGCAGCUUGAGCUGGAAAUUUCUCUUUUAAGUCAGUUUAAACAUGAGAACAUAGUGCGAUACUUGGGCACAGACAAGGAUGAUAAGAAGCUUUACAUUUUCCUUGAGCUCAUGACUAAAGGAUCACUUGCGUCCCUUUAUCAAGUAUACCACUUGAAAGAUUCCCAAGUCUCUUCAUACACUAGGCAAAUUCUAAAUGGUUUGAAGUAUCUUCAUGACCGGCAUGUGCUCCACAGGGACAUCAAAUGUGCUAACAUACUGGUUGAUGCAAGUGGAUCUCUGAAACUUGCAGACUUUGGAUUGGCAAAGGCCAUUAAAAUGAAUGAUGCUAAAUCCUUAAAAGGAUCUGCUUUUUGGAUGGCACCUGAGGUCGUCAAUCUAAAGUACACAAGCUAUGGGUUGGCAGCUGAUAUAUGGAGCCUAGGGUGCACUGUUUUAGAGAUGUUAACCGGCCAGCCUCCAUAUUCUCCCUUGGAAGCAAUUCAAGCAUUGUUUAGAAUUGGCAGGGGCGAACCUCCUCCAGUUCCUGAUUCUUUAUCUAGAGACGCUCGAGACUUAAUUCUUAGAUGCUUGCAAGUGAACCCGAAUAAUCGGCCUUCUGCAGUGCAGUUGCUAGACCAUCCCUUUGUGAGGAAGCCACCUACACCUACUUAAUCUUGUUUUGCUUCACUUCGUUUCAACAACAUACAUAUGAUCAUAAGGUUUUGCUAGGCCAUCCCUUUUUAGUUCAUUGCUGUGAAGGUAAUUUUACUCUCUGUUUGUAUUUUUGUUGUUAGACUGCUAGUGUUUCUUUUAGGCUAAUGGCAAGAUACCUUCAUCAACUUACCACAUUUCUACUGUU